AGAGAUGCAGAGGGAGAGGGGGUUCCUCAGACAGUGCCUAAAGCCGUACCCUAACCUGUUCGCUUCCGGAACCCCAUGCAUUUCUACUCGAGCCAGUUGGGAGUUGCCCCUCCAAAAUGUCCAACAAAAGACAGAACAAGCACCCGCUCUGUGCCAUGCCCUACGCUGGACGCUGGGGUCAAGACUUUUUCAGGCCCCGUGCCGGUCACUCUCUGGAAGUCCACAGCCCGCAGGGAAGAUCCUCUGGAGCCAGAGAAACACGCAGAUCUGUUCCCAGGAAGAGAGGCAGAGAGCGAGCGUGGAGGCAAGAAGGGCCACCCCUGGGUGCCACUGCGGCUCGGCAAUCCCUACUCGUGCCUUCUCCUGCCCAGGGAACGCCACACCCUCACCCGUGUGGUUUGCGGCUGGCUUUUCUGUCUUUGCCCAGCUUGCUGACUUAAGGAACCAGGAAGAAAUACACACACCCGCAGGGCUUAUCACACACCUGGGCUUCGCUCACCAACCUGAGUGUCUCCUUCAAAGGGAGGGAGGCAUCUUACGAGGUCACAGACGUGUGCCUAACACCGGAGCCUGAGCAGAAGAGGCCACGUGAGAGGGUCUCCCCCUGUCGUGUGGUCACUGACACUUCGUGAUGGGGGCCAGCGUGUGGGCAGCCCUGGGACUCGCCCUGACCUGCAUCUCGGCCUUUAGCCUCAUCUCCCCUGCCUGGUUCCAGAGCCCCACCUUCUCCUUUGGGGUCCUCACCUACUGUUCCUGGCCUCAGGGUGACAGCUGGAACCAGAGCUGUGGGACCUUCGGGUCCCUGGAUGAUAUUCCUGACUUCGCCUGGAAGGCUGCAGCUGCGCUUCUCCUUGGAGGCUGGCUCCUGUUGGCCUUUAAUGCAAUCCUCCUCCUGUCCUGGGCGCUGGCCCCCAAGGAGCUGUGCCUGAGGAUGGGCAGCGGCAGAACGCCGGGCAUGCAGGCCGCUGCAGUGACCACUACCGUUGUGGGCCUGCUGGUUUUCCCCAUCAGCCUGGCCUCCCCGUUCGCCAAGGAGGCCUGCGGGACCUCCUCUGUGUACCGCAGUGGACAGUGCCAGCUGGGCUGGGGCUACGUGACCGCCAUCCUCAACGCCGUCCUGGCCAGCCUGGUGCCCGUGAUCAGGUGGCUGAGCGUGACCCAGGUGCGGGGCAGGGCCAUCCACUUCACCAGCAACACGGAGAAAAUCACGGUCAUGCCCAAAGGGAGCAAAUAAAAUUUUCCCAGGAGGAGGAAAAAGAGCCCAUGCUAUAGCUCUAUGGAAUCGCCACACCCCGGGCUCACAUCCCACUUCCACUGCUCCCCGUGGCUUCAGGCCCGCCCCUCACCUCUCCUGACCCCAGUGAGUUCUUCUGGAAAAUGGGGAGGUAGAUACUGCCACCUCGUCUGGUGGUUAUUUUGGGAACUCAGGGACCCUGAGGCCAUGACUAGGAAAUCACCCCCCUAUGGGGUGACUGGGGUACAUGGUACACACACUGCAUGCAAAACGGCCUCACUUAUUCUCCUGCCUAGAUCCACACCCCUUUCCAAUGUCAGUUUUCAAAGCCUCCCGCCCAGUGGUGGGGUCUGCUUCCCGGUUGCCAGAGUCGGAGCUCGGCCAGGAGACUACUCUGCCCAAGAGAAUGAGUUGGGAAUGACUUGAUGCCCAUCUCCAGCCUGGGCCUCGAGAGGCCAUGCACC